CUUGCAUCUCAUGGAAGACCAUUUAGAGUACAGGGGGUUGAUCUCUCCUCAUCCUACUCGUCAUGACAGCUAUAUGUCGUCUUCCCUCCGCCAAGUCAAGCGAUACAUCAACGAGACUCUGGCAUCUGCCCUUGACGAACUAUCCACACCAGAUGGUCGACCAGCCAUAACACUUAAACGAAGUUCUAGGAACGUGUCACUGUUUAUCAAUCCCACAAGUAGAGCUCUUGAAAGCAAUGGAACAGACACAUAUAUUACCUAUUCCUGGCCCGGCGCAAACACGUUCGAAGCAUGGAAAUUUACCGUUGCCUUUCGAGUUCUUGCAGUUGUUGCAGAUGCUAUUGACACAGGUUUAGUAGUGUCCAAAAGAGACAUAUACUACAGCGAUCCGGCAUGCUUUGGGACACAGAGAAUUGUUGACACAAUCGUUGACGAUCUGGCCCACACCAUUGGAGUCGACAGAUCCGCAUUGAAUGUUGAAGCGGCUGCGAAAGGACUCGUGACAGGCUAUUGUAGCCUUCUAACCAAGAUUGGGGAGACCAUGGAUGUUCAAUUGCCUGCCAAGGACUGUCUGGUACCAAAUUUACAUGAGAACGGUGAAAUUGACAUCUCAGAUGCAAGCUGGGUCUUGAUCAUCGAGAAAGAGGCCAUCUACCGCAGACUUGCAAGAAGUCAAUAUCAUACUAGAGCGGCCGCAGGAAAAGGGAUCCUCAUUACUGGGAAAGGCUACCCGGAUCUCUCAACUAGAGCCUUCACACGAAAGAUAUAUGAGAACAGCCGUAGAUCAGACAAAGCCCUGCAUUUCUAUGGUCUAGUUGACAGCGACCCCGACGGCAUGGCUAUUAUGUCAACAUACAAGUACGGCUCAAUGGCACAUACCAACCAGAAUGGAAGGUUAAAUAUUCCUUGUCUCUGGUGGUUAGGCCUCCGAACGUCAGAUGUCGUAUCUGGAGCACCGAGCAACGACGACGGGGCUUUGAUUAGAUUGACAGUAAGGGACAGAAAGAAGAUCAUGAGUAUGUUGUCGAACAACCCUGUAUGGGCAGCCGAAGGACCCGAGCUGGAAUGGCGUGCAGAGCUACAGCAGAUGCUCAUGUUGAACCUGAAAGCUGAAAUCGAGAUACUUUAUGAUCGGGACGAAGGACUGGAAGAAUGGAUUGAUCAAAAGAUGGCAGGUUUCUCCCCACCGGAUAACUAGGGACGACAUUACCCAUAUAUAUGUAUAAUUCAAACAAGCUAUUUGCUUUCUAUCAGCUCUGUCGAAGAAGACCCACAAGGAUAAGGAAAGAGCGAAAACAGGCCCCAAUAGAAGCGCCUUAAACAGUAAGAAUGUACCAUAAACGCCAUGGCCCCACCACCAACCAAAGACAGAUGCAUGCAUCCAUACCAAGCUAUGCCAUGCGCCAGCGAGAGGGCUACAAGCACAAGUUCGGUACAAUGAAAAGGUACCAUGUCUCUCCAUCAUAUUCCAACUCAGCAAAUAGGAGAACACACCUACAGUCCCAAACCCUUCCGUACCUCAUCACGAACCUUGCGCUCAUAGUCGCUCCUCCGUUCUCUCCACAUCUUUGCCGCCUCAAUAUUGGCAGGGCUCUCGUCAUUUGGCUCAGCAAGCAUACUCAUGACCGAGAUAAGAAUCUUCUCAACGCUCUGGAUAGGUGACCACCGCUCCGACGCAUGCUCAUAGUGGUUCGGAUCAUCACCGGGAGGAUGAAGAAUGGAAAUACAAACGGUUCCGUUGGGAUACA